AUGGUUCUUCCAACACAGCUUGCAUACCGCACAUCCAAGAACAUUGGCGUCUUCGGUGCCGCACCCGUGUACGAGAAUCUGCCCGCUUUUGUGCGUCCAGAGGGAAACCUACGCUGCUGCGUCUACUCGCCCGAUGGCCGGUUCUUUGCCUGGGCAUCACCUGAGGCGGUCAGCGUCAUUGAUGCGGAAUCAGGCCAUGUGGUCACCACGCUGCCCGCCGAGCACGUCUAUGAGCUAGGAUUCUCCCCGUUGGGCACGUACAUCAUCACGUGGCAACGUCCGAGCAAGGACGAGGCUGGAGAUGCAGUCAAGAACCUCAAGGUGUGGCGCACGAUUGAUGACAACGCCGGCGAGCAUGGCGAGCGUGCCGUCGUGGGCAAGUUUGUGCAGAAAGCGCAGACUGGCUGGAAUCUGCAAUACACCUCCGAUGAGCAGUACUGCGCGCGCCGUGUCACCAACGAGGUGCAGGUCUACGAGAGCAAGGAUCUCGGCACGGUCUGGAACAAGCUGCGCGCCGAGGGAGUCGCUGAUUUUGCCCUGUCGCCCGGCAAGACACAUUCGCUUGCUGUCUUCAUCCCGGAGCUGAAAGGCAUGCCGGCGACGGUGAAGAUCUUCAAUGUGCCGCAAUUCAGCACACCUUCCUCGCAGAAGAACUUCUUCAAGGCCGACAAGGUGCAGCUGAAGUGGAAUGAACUGGGCACAAGUCUGAUUGUGCUCGCUCAAACAGAGGUCGAUAAAAGCAACAAGAGUUACUAUGGCGAGACCAACAUGUACCUGCUCAGCGCGAAUGGCGGUUUCGACUCCCGCGUGUCGCUCGAUAAGGAGGGACCCAUCCACGAUGUAUCGUGGUCGCCAAACUCGAAAGAGUUCGGCGUGGUCUAUGGCUACAUGCCCGCGAAGACCACCAUUUUCAACACUCGUGCGAUCCCACAGCACAGCUUUAACCUUGGCCCUCGCAACACCAUCAUUUUCUCCCCUCAUGGCAGAUUCGUCAUCGUCGCUGGUUUUGGAAACUUGGCCGGAACCAUGGAUAUCUACGAUUUGGAGAAGAACUACGAAAAGGUCUGCACUAUUGAAGGAAGUAACACCUCGCUCUGUGAGUGGAGCCCAGACGGCAAGCACAUCCUCACUGCCACCACGAGCCCACGUCUGCGUGUUGAUAAUGGAGUCCGUAUCUGGCAUGUUGGUGGCAAGCUCCAGUACGUGGAAGACAUGCACGAGCUGUAUCAUGUUGUUUGGCGCCCACAACCGGCCGACAAGCACUCUUUAGAUGGUGCACUCACCCCUCCGACACCGCACUCGUCUGCGCUGGAAUUUCUUGGUAAGGUCAAGACUCCCUCCAAGCCAGCCGGUGCGUACCGCCCACCUGGCGCUCGCGGUACUGCCACGCCUCUCGCCUUCAAGCGAGAGGAUGAAGGUGGUGCAGCCUUUGUGAGAGAAAUGAUGUCUGGCCAGAGUAACGAGACAAACGGUUUUGGUCCAAGACAGCCACGCCGUCGUGAAGUCCCUGGCGCCGAGCCUGUGGAUCCGUCCAAGAGUGCACCAGCAGGUGCUGCGCCUGGAGGGGGUGUCAGCGUCGCCGGUGCCGAUGGAGACGAGAACCUCAGCAAAGCUGCGCUCAAGAACAAGAAGAAGCGCGAGGCGAAGAAAGCGAAGGAGGCCGAGGCCAAAGCUGCUGGUCUCAGUGCUCCCGCACUCAACGGUGACGCUCCCAAGUCUAAGAGCCCGGAGCGUAAGGACCGCAACGCCCGCUCGAAUGGUCAGCAGCCAGGAAGCAACCAGAACUCCCGUCCACAAUCUCGUCGUCGGGACGCUAGUCGUUCUCGUGCAAACGCACCACCAACCAUCAACACUUCCACUCCCGCUCCCAAAACGAAUGGCACCGCGCCGGUCGAGACGCCGGAUCUGUCCGUCACUAGUCCAGGUGCUGGCUCCCCUCACGAGAAGAAAAUCCGAAGCUUACUGAAGAAACUGAGGGCCAUUGAUGAUCUCAAAAUGCGUCAAGCUGGAGGCGAGAAGUUGGAGGGUACCCAGGUCUUGAAGAUUGGCACCGAAGAAGGCGUCAGAGCUGAUCUGGCAAAGUGCGGUUAUGCUGGCGAUGAGAUGUGA